AUGCCUUUCUGGAGCUUCUCCCGCGAAAAGGACGGCGUCAACCGGGUGGACGAGCUGCUGUCGGAGGGCUAUGCUUGCCUCGACCAGGCCCUCAUCUACGACGAGGAUGGCGAUUAUGAAAACACCGUGUCGCUGUACGAGCGCGGGCUGAACCUGAUCGAGGAGGCUGGAAAGGAAAAGAAAGCCCAAAAAUCCGAGCUGUGGGGCACGAUGAUGGAGGCGAAGCCGAGCGUGGAGAAUCGUUUGAAAAUGCUCAAGAAACAAGGGCCGAAAAAUGUGCCGGCCGGUGGUCCUUCCCCGAUGGAUGCCAGCGUCAGCAAGGAGGUGGAAGCGAAGCGAGCCCAGGAGUUUUCGGAAAAGGACGGCUUCGUGCGCACUGAUUCGAUUCGAAAAAAGCUCGACACGGCCGGCGAGGAGGAGGCCGAGCUCGUCUACUUUUUGCCGGGCGGCGUCCAGCUGUUUACGAUUGAUGGAGAAGAAACGGCCGCGCCCACCUAUCCAACAGCUCUGGAGAUUCUGCGUUUUGUUGGGGGAUCGGCGAACACUACAACGAAGGCUUCGGCCUAUAUUCAAGUCGGUCCCUGGGUGUAUCCGCUGAUGAAGGACCAGACGCCGGUGCUGAAGAACGAAUUCGGAGCCUACGUCGUCGCAAAUCCUACCCCAGAGCAGCCAAAUAUGAUGGUGGCCAUCAUGCUGCCCUCUGACCUUGACGAGAAGCUCGUGGAGGAGUUUGAGUACGUGCUGAAGGAGUACGCAGCGCUUGGCGCCCAGGAGGUGAAAGACGCGCUGACGAAGGAGGAGCAGCAGCGCCUCAGCGAGCGCAUCGCCAAUUUGCUAGUGAAAACCGGGGAGCAGAUCGCCUGGGGAGUGCACGCAACUACGGCCCGUGUAGCCAGUGAAGUGGAAAAGAAGAAUGUGCAAUACCGCUCCGGGCGUCAGCCGACCGAAAACCCGCUCAACAUCUCGCCCGCCAUCAAGUCGAGCGUCGUCUACAUGCACAAGGGCGGCAAAGUGGUCGCCAAGUGCACGCGAUAUUUGCUCGACAAAAUCGGAGACAUGGGCGUGUCGGUGGGCCGUUCGAUCGCUUCCGGGGCCCGGGACCGAUUUGGUGAGGGAAAGACGGGCGGCAUGGUGACGGGGACGAUCACGGUGCUCGGCGGCGGCAUCACCAGCGUGUCGACGGUGUGGAUCGCGCUGGAGAGCGCGAGCAAGAACCUGUGCAAGUCGAUCGCCAACGAGACGGUGGAGAACGUCAGGGUUCACUACGGAGAUGAAGCCGCGCAGACGACGCACCACGGCCUUCACGCCGCCGGGCACACCGGGCUUGCCGCUUUCCAGCUGUGGGAUUUGGGACCGAGAUCCGUUGCCGGGCGUAUGGCACGAAAAGCCGGGCUCCAAGUGCUCAGCGACCUGCACAAGAAGCGCACCGGCCAGGAGCUGAUCAACGAGACGAAGCGCGCCCUGCAUCCCGAGAUGGCCGAGAAGAUCAAGGCC